GCGGAUAGCCGACACUGGUGUCUUGUUAUCCCACACCCGACUUCAACACAUGCAGGCCCUUUUCUACAGUAUCAGUCACCUCUCUCCCCUGUUAUUUCUCUCCUUUGUCAGCUCCAUUACUCUCAAGUUGCCGUGAGUGGUCGACUGCGACCUACUUCCUGCACGCGUUUCAAUCCCUCCACAAUGUCAGAACCAGCCGCCGAGGAUUACACGAUUGGCUGGAUCUGUGCCUUGCAAGAAGAAUUUGAGGCCGCCUGUCGCAUGCUGGACGAUGAGUUUGAUGGCCUAGAAGCUGCCGAUCCCAACGACGACAAUACCUAUGUCUUCGGCCGCAUCCAUAAACACAAUGUUGUCAUUGGAUGUCUUCCAUCUGGUAUCUACGGCACCACCUCUGCUGCUUGCGUUGCCAGAGACAUGGUCCGGUCCUUUCCCAACCUGAGGUUUGCCCUCAUGGUUGGAAUUGGCGGAGGUGCUCCGACACCUGAGAGGGACAUCCGGCUCGGCGAUGUCGUCGUCAGCGAGCCCAAAGGCGAGCUUGGAGGGGUCUUGCAGUAUGACUUGGGGAAGCAACUGUUAAAUGGCGAGUUCAAACGAGCAGGCCAGCUCAACGCUCCCCCACGAGUGCUUCUCGGUGCCCUACCCGAAGUCCGUCGACGACACAAUGACCCAAGGAAGAGGCAUUCUAUGGCCGAAAACUUGAUUCGCAUGGACGACAUGCCCGAAUAUUCGCGCCCUACUUCCGACAACCUUUAUCGCGUCGACUCUCGGCACCACAGUGGCAGGCUUUGCGACCAGUGCGAUCCUUCGGGACUGGUAGAUCGCCCCUCACGUGCUUCAGACCGAACAGUUGCUAUCCACUAUGGCACCAUCGCAUCUGGAAAUACGGUUAUGAAGAAUCCCACCGAAAGAGAUCGAUAUGCUAGUGACCCAGAGUUGAACGUGCUCUGCUUCGAGAUGGAGGCAGCGGGCUUGAUGAACAACUUCCCCUGCAUUGUGAUUCGAGGAAUCUGCGACUACUCUGAUGAUCAUAAGAAUGACGAAUGGCACAACUACGCAGCUCUCACAGCCGCCGCGUACGCGAGGGAUCUUUUAAGUAUCGUGAGACCUCAGAAGGUAGCCUCACAGCCAGCAUGGGCAGGCAAAAUCGAAUCCCGUUAG